GAGGUACCGAUCUAAAUAAGACCGAUCUGGGUCCACCCCUUCUUUUCCCUCUCUCUCUCUUUUUGUUUUCCUCAGCAGUUCCCGCGCCGAGACUUUCGCGAACCAUUGCCCCACUGCUGCUGUUGUCCCUGGCGUUCAACGUCAUUCAGCGAUCCCCCCCGUAUAUCUCGUAGGGCUUGCCGGAUUUCCGCCCCAACUUCAUUUCUAUUCUUUGACCCACAAUCGACCAAACAAUCUCUAGUCGACCUUCAUAGAGUCGAUCGGUGACGCACUGAAGUAUCUUAGUUUACAUAUUCGAGCACAGAACCUACUUAAACAGUUGAUUGGAAGGUGGGGGCUCGUGCAGUCAAGGUGUUUUCCGCAAUGUCUGCAACUCUUCACAUCGAAAGUCCACACACACACUUCACCAACCUCGAUUUCCUCACCGGUAAGGUUGUGGUGACUUUGACUUCGGAGACUCAAAUCAGUGGUAUCCAAGUCAAAUUGGAAGGAGAAAGUCGCACCCGUCUUUCUGGACCGCGAAAUCCGCACCAUGAGCAGUCUGAUAAGAAGCGCACCGAAAUUGAGGUUCACAAAAUUUUAUAUAAGGUUGUAAACCUCUUCCCGACGCCGGCUGUCUUCAACAAGAGUACUCCAAACACCGUUUGGACUUUCGCUGCUGGAACAUAUGAAUAUCCGUUUCAGUUCAAGUUUCCUUUCAACAAUUCGUGUAGCUUUCAGAAUAGCAUGCUCACCAAUCUGAACAUUACGGGCCUCAAAGUCGAGGUAGCUCGGGAUACACAUCGACAUGUGAAGAAAACAUUGCCCCCGUCGCUGAGUGGCUUUCCAGGAAUGGCAGAUAUUAAAUAUUAUGUGAAAGCGACAGUUGUCAGACCACAAUUCUAUAAAGAAAAUAUCCGGACGAUUACCAACAUAAACUUUCUCCCCAUUGAACCACCAAGGACCGGCAAUCCGAGCGAGGAAACAUACGCACGGCGUCAACACCAGUUUGCUAAAGCCCCUACUUCAUCAAAGAUGAAGAGCUUGUUUCAAAAGGCUUCCAGUUCCUCCCUACGAGAUACCACCGGUGACUCGCCUCGUGUAUCCGCGGACAUCAGACUACCAAAUCCCUCGAUCCUCACCUGCAACGAACCCAUUCCGCUGCGGAUCAUUGUCAGUAAAUCUUCGGAAUCAUAUGAAACGAUCUUCUUACAGACACUGCAAAUUGAGUUAAUCGGGUAUACCAACAUUCUUGCUCAUGAUUUAAGACGGUCCGAGAACAAUACUUGGGUUAUCUUCAGCCGCAGUAACAUGGCCAUUCCACUUGGGAGGGGAGGUGAUCCAGUUGGCACUGAAUGGACUUUAGAUGCUAGUAUGUGGAGCCACAUACCUCUCCCCAGUUCGGUGGCACCGAAUUUCGAGACUUGUAAUGUCUCUAGGACAUAUGAGCUAGAGGUGCGUGUUGGCUUGAGCCAUGGCACUGUCGGAAAUAUGAAACCCCAACUCAUCGUACUCCCGUUGCGCAUGCCUGUCAAAGUUUACUCUGGAAUCUCUCCGCCCCAGGCGCUUCUGGAUGCCAUGGCUGAAAGUGGACGUAUUCAGCCGACAAUUGCACCUUCCAAGCCAAGUCGGCCUUGCCAGGAAGCUGGUGGACCACCUCCGAUGCCUCCAAGACCUACUAGACCACCGGUGCCCACAGAUCCAGAGGAUGGUUAUGAUGACGCGCCCCCAAGCUACGAGGAUGCUAUGGCUGAGACUCUGAGCCCUGUGGAUGGCCCCCGUCGCGAGUAUAACCCACCAGAUGCCUCCUCUACCACAAGGCCUAUUGAAUCUGGAGCUGAUCCAAGCACGCCAGUUCAACCUGGAAAGGAUCCUGAGCCCCGGUCGCCCUACAGUAACUGCGAAGUGAACUCGUCGUCCGAAUCUUUCGACAUGCUUCCGUCAACCCCUCCCGAGCCGCAGAGUGGGUCUCCGCCUACAUCUCCAGUUGCACGACAACAAAGUGUGCUCAAGAUUCAUAAGCUCGCAUCUCUUCAGGAAGACAGUCCGCCUCAAUAUCAGCCCGUAGCAGAUCCCCAGCUGCAGCCGUCCGCAAGUCAGGCCCAGCAAAGUUCAUCCAGACAAGAUGUUCGGACUAUAAAGCUAGGUGUUCCUAAUAGAAAACCUGUCCCCCGAAGUCCUAGCUCUGGGGAUGCUUGAUCUGUCGUGGCCAAGAACCUAGUAGGCACCUUUUGCGCUUGAGUGUGGAAUUUCGUCAUCCAGCUCGAGUUUCAAUAACAUCAAGGUCCCUAUAUUGGCUAAAUUGCCUGGUACAAUAGAGCCCACCCCGAAAAUACAGUUUGAAGGACUUAAUAUGAAUAGCACACACCUGCCUCCAAAAAGCAGCCAAAUGACACAUUUGGCACAUUGUGGAUUUGAAUGAGAGCGAUUCAGACAUGCAUUUACUGGAGUUCUAGGGCUCUUUUCUUUUUCUACCUUUCUUCGCGCUUGUGUUCGAUAUUAUCAUACUUCUCUAUGGUAUUGGUCAGGUCCGCCUAUCACUUGCAUUCGUGCAUCGUAUAAAAUAAUAAUGGAAUGAUACCAUCUGGUAUUCGCUUACCUGUAUAUAUCUUGUAUCCCUAGUUCUUAAGCCUUUAUGCCAUGGCCAGUUGACCAGAGCGCCAGUUCGUAUAC